ACUCAAAUUUUCUUUUCUUAUUGUCCAAGCAAAACAAACAAUGGCAAACCCCAAUGCCAAAUUCAAACUGAAGCGUGCAAUGGAGAAGCUCAAAUACUUGGUUUCGUCACAUUCUCCAUUCUCCAAAUUUGACACACCCAAUCACCCUCCAUAUUCCUUGAUGAUAAGUAGGGCAAUAAUGGAGUUGAAUGAAGGAAGUGGGUCGAGUUAUGAGGCGAUAGCUGAGUUUAUUGAGAGGGAGUAUGAUGUUCUGCCUGUUGCACAUGGUCUAUUUCUGAGGCAUUAUUUGAGAAAGCUUUGUGAGAGAAGAGAGGUUAAGUGUGUGAAUGAUGGAGUGUACAUUCUUCCGGUUGAGAGAGUGGAUUCGAAGAAGAGAAAAAGGCGCGGAAGAUUGGGAAAGAGAGUGUGUGUGCGAAGCAAACUGAAUACAAUUGUCGAAGAGAUUGGAGAGGGAAGACAAACUGAGGAGCAAGAGAUGACCAAUGAAGAGAUUGAUGAGCAGAAGAAAAGGGAAGAAGAAGAGGAUGUGCAAAGAGCGGUGGUGGUAGCGGAAAGUGUUGACAAAGGAAAGAAAGAGAACACCGAAAUCGCUGAAGAGCAAUCUAUGUUCGAAAGACAACUAGUUGUGGUGACUGAUGUAGAGAAUGAGAGAACAAGCUUGAUAGUGAACGAUGAAAAUAUAAUACAGCAAAUCACUGAAGAGGAAUAUGAAGAAAGUGAAAACUUGAAUAAAGAAUGUAAUGAAGGCGAAACUGAGGAAAAAUAUAAUGAAGCUGUUGAUGAGCAGCUUGGAAUAAGCUUGGAGCAUAAGGAAGUUGUGGUUGAGGAAAUAACACAUCAGUUCGCCAAUGAUAAAUGGAAUGAAGAACACAAUGAAUCUGUGGAAAAACAGUAUGAAGUGAUUGAAGAAAAACAUGGAAUAAGAACGAGGCGAAAUGAAUUAAAAUCUCCACAAACUGAGCUAGUUCUUGAAAGUUGUCAAUUGGCUGAGGUACAAAACCAACAGCAGCAGCAGCUAGACAAAGGAUCAAAGUUGAGUUACAAAACAACAUCAGCAUCUGCAUUGAAUGAAGAACAAAUUGAACACAGAGAGCGACGAAAUGAAGUGAUAGAAGAACAACAACCUGAAAUGAGCUUUGAGCAAAAUGAUGCUCAAACACAACAUACUGAAGUAACUGAAAAACCAUUUUCAUCGGGAGAAGUAAAAAAGCAGCAGCAGCGAUACAAAAUCAGGUUUAAGUUCAAAACAACAUCAGCAUCUGCAUUGAAUGAAGAACAAAUUGAUCAAAGAGAGCGACAAAAUGAAGUGAUAGAAGAACAACAACCUGAAAUGAGCUUUGAGCAAAAUGAUGCUCAAACACAACAUACUGAAGUAACUGAAAAGCCAUUUUCAUUGGGAGAAGUAAAAAAGCAGCAGCAACGGCACAAAAUCAGGUUUAAGUUCAAAACAAGAUCAGCAUCAGCACAGACAGCCACUACCCCUCCUAAUGAUCUGAGUAGUAAUGGUCAGCAGCUUGAUCUGGAGCAGCUUUCAGAGCUUCCUAUUAUGCAAGUUUUCCCUGGGCUUAAAUCAGCCAAAAGGAAGUUCUCUCCCAUAUUGAAACAAGAGCAUGAUCGAUCUCAGGUUCAGAAGAGACAACCGAGAUUCCAUCACAGGCCUAACACACCUAAAUUAGUCACCGAGACUACAAUCUUGGAAUCGCCAAUGCUUUCCCAGCAUCAAGAUGAGCUGUCGCAGCAAGUUCAACUUCAAGGGCAAGGAAAGAAAUAUCAAAAGCGAUCUAAGCGUAAAAGAGAAAUGGAAAUGGACUUGGAACAGAAUGAGCGAAAGAAGCAAAGUCAGGUUCAGUUGCCACAGAAUGAGCCCUCUUUUUCCAAUCCUGCUUCACUUGCAAUGAUGUUAUGGUCUCCACCUUCUGAACAUAAAAUUGAGCAACAACCGCAGGCGCUAGGGAAGCAGGCAAGGCCUACUAAACCAAAGACUGUGGUGGAGGAGCAGUCACCAACACCUCCACGCCGAGGAAGACCUCCUAAACCAAAAACAGAAGUGAAAGAGCAGUCACCAAAACGUCCAGGCCGAGGAAGACACCACCAUGGAGGUUUGCUCUCCCUUGGACGUUCAACAUCAAAAAAAGCAACACCAGUUACCAUGUCUAGGCAGAGGCAGGCCUAUGAAGGCAAAGCAUGAGUUGAAGCUGAAGGAUUGGCAUCCAGAGCAGCAACCUCGGCGUCAAGAAAGGGUAAGGCCUCCUAAACCAAAAUCAGAUACAGAGAUUUGAUACUAAUGCCUGGCUCUGCAUUGGAAUGUAAUGAAAAUUUUCAGCUGUUCUGCUUGUUGUGGAUGAUCUAGCUUGUAGUUUAUGUUACAAAGUAGGCUUAUGAAAUACUCCUGAGAGAUAAAAUGGUUGAUCUGUCAUGAAAAAAAAAAAAACCAAUCUUUUGUUGCACAUCAUCUGUUGUUUAUGCUCUCUCUAUAUAUAUUUUAGGGACAAAAGUAGGCACAUAUUUACAUCGAUUAAUCAACUUGAUUUAAUCAUGUUUAUUACGGUGUAAAAAGUAUAUAAAUAUAUAUUGAUAUUAUAUCAUAUUUUGGAAGAUAAAUAAAUAUUAGUAAGUGAAUAGUU